AUGACAGAAGAGAUAGAGGUGCAAUCGUUCGAAGAAGAAGAAAUUGAAUUUUUUGAAUUCAAACAGCUUAAUAAAAAUGCAUUAAGUAUACAGCUUGAGAAAGAUACCGUUUACCCAGAAGUAAUACCACCCUAUCCGUCGUUGCUUGCCAUUUCUAAUAUAUAUGGCUUUUUCGUUACAGCGACAGCAAAAGGCUUCAUAUACGCGUCUACACAGACUUUACGCGAAUUAUUCAAAAAUUCUACUUCUGGCUCAAAAGAGUUACUAUCCAAAAAACUUCUCUUUGAAAUACCUGAAGGACGUGUUCGAUGCCUUCGACUUUCAUCUGAUCAACUAACCUUAGUCGUCGGAGUAGAAGGUGGUCAUGUAUUGUUUUAUGAUGUUACAAAAUUCGCCUCUGAGCAAGCAGAAAGCCGGCCUUUCCAAAUAAUGUCAUUUUCAGAUGACAUUAGAGAUAUUCGUCCAAAUCCUGGGGAAAAAUAUAAUUUAAUAGCCAUUUUGCUUGUAACUGGCGUAGUGUACAUCAAAGAUUACUUAGUAAACAAUGAAGUCAGCAAAAUAGAGGGCAAUAAAGUUGGGGAACAGUUCACUGCAAGGCAGCUCAUGCAAUUUACUCCGGAAGGAACGCUUAAAGCCACUUUUCAACCACCUCCAGAUUUACAACAACAAUCACAUUAUGUUCAGAACGUUCUUUGGCUGGAAACCGCAUUAUUUGUUGUGGUAUAUUUUCCAGUUAUUCAAGAAGAGGAUUCAGAACAUGAUGUUUAUGUUGUUUCACGUGAAAUGAAGUCGAAGACUCUCUAUCUGAGGUGUCCAAUAAUGUGUAGUCAAGCGGAUCGCCCCAGAAUUCCUUAUUUUUACAUGGAAACCAUUAAAGAUUGGGGUACAAAUUUAAAAUGUCUUAUAAUAUGUGCAAGUGCCAAUUCUGCAGAUAUAAACUUGAUUGCUCGAGAUGCAUCAAAUAACUGGACUAGCUUGAUUCUUACAGAAACGAGUAGGGCUGCACUUCCAUUAUCAGAAAUAUAUGAUCAUGAUACUUUACCUGUUGGUCUGGCACUUGAUUUCACUUGCACGGAACCAUGGAAUACUAGACUGACCGAAGAAAAUAUAUUGGUUCCACCGGUUCCUGUACUAUAUAUUUUAAAUGACGAAUGUGACAUAGUUGCGUAUCGUUGUUUUCAUAAAGAUGCUUUCCUAGCACACGAAAAUUUUCCUGGGAUGACGCCUCCCAAAAUGCUUCCUACUACUGGGCAUUCAUUAGGAAUGCUUCCUCCAAGGCGGAAUCCGAAAGACGUAACGACAUUUACAGCGACGAACAUCACAACAUCACCUGUUGCUUCUCCCGUUAAAAUAGCAUCACCGAUUAUUGCUCCCAUUAAAACAGCAUCUCCUAUUAUUGCUCCAAUUAAAACAGCAUCGCCUCUUAUUGCUCCAAUCAAAACAGCAUCGCCUGUUGUCGCUCCUAUCAAAACAGCGUCGCCUAUUACUGCACCUAUAAAAACAGCUACAUAUAAUAAUGGUCUUUCACCUUCUAUAAAUUAUGAUAAAAACUUCCAAUCGCCAAAUAAAAUUACGCUAACUCAGGAUUCAACGCCAUCUCGAAAUUUGGGUUCAAGUCAACAAUUGACACCUACAGAAGCUGAUAACAAAACUCCACACAUGAUUCGUUUAAAUGCCAUUAAAAAUGACUUAAAUGUUCUUCACAAUCUAAUCGAAUAUGUGGAAAAUGAUUGUAUAGCAAAAUAUCAUGAACGAACUACUGAACAAGAUUUUGAUAAUCCAGAAGUUUGGUCAGUUGGCGAUUUGCCAGUAAUAAUGUCAGAAAUAAAUCGGUUGGAGCAUGAAGCUGGUUCUAUGGUUCAAUCUUUAGUUGAUUUACGACGUCAAGUUAAUGAAUUCAGUCAUGGUGUCCAUAUAGAUUUUGUUAAAACAACUAAAGACCUUGACCAUAUGAGUUGCACACCUUCCAACGUGAUUACGGUUGGUCGUCGUGGAAUAUUACAAUCUCGUAUCAAAGAGAGAUUGGAAACAACUUUUAAGUCCGUUAAGGAAAGCGCACAGGCCUUGGAGACGCAGCUAAACGCAUUACAUGAACAAAUUCAAGAGAAAAAAUCCAACAAGUUAUUAAGACAAUCCCCUUUGGAAUAUAUUGAUAAAUCAAUUCGUAACAUUAGUAAAGGCCUGUAUCGCAACUCUUCUCAAAUUGAACGAUUAAGUGCUCAAUUAGACCAGCUUACAUUGCAAAUAUCUUCAGAGGGCGAUACUUCUAAUAGUGAAACAUUUAUAUCUCACCAAAUUAAUAAAAUUGAGCCAACCAAGGCAUCAACUAAAAAUAUUUCUUAUUCAAUCGAUGCAGCGAAAACAACUGCAGCUUAUCUUAAUAAAGAACGUAUAUGUGAAAAACUCAAAAAUGUAAAUAAAUUUAAGAGAAAGUCUCCCGUCAAAACCACUCUUUUUGAAGAAAAUGAAGCUGAAGUGAUUGAAAGAAAAUCUAUGCCAUCAAGCAUUAUUUCACCAAAAAAAAGUCCAAAUACAUUUAAGAAUCGUGUAUUUCCUCAAACACAAAUUCGUGAGGGCAAGUCAUAUCGCUCACGUACAACGAUAACGAGUCUUUCCGAACCUUCUAGUGAUUAUCAACCUAAAGUAAUGUAUGAUACGCCUAUUAGAGAAAACACGUAUACAAAUAAGUCACUUCCUGAGGCUAGUGGAAUUCUUUCACCUAUUGAACUAGAGUCGCCUCUUGCAUAUAAAGAUCAAAGCGAGGAUUUUAUACAACACAAAUUUGAAAAGAUUGUGGAAUCUGAUGACUCGAGUUUGGCCUGGAUGUCUCCAAGCUUUAAACAUCGACCUACACCUACUUUUCUAUCCCAGAGUAAUGAUACCGUACAAGAACCUUCCGUAUUUGAAAUGCCAUCAUCAUAUCAAAAAGACGAAGAUGCACAAUAUUUAGAUUCUUAUAAUGAGGAUUCUCAAGAUUCUAUUGAAUUGAAUUUUGGAAAAUUCAUCUCGUCCGAUGUAUCCAGAUCUUCAAAAGUUCCUGAACUUGGACAGUCUUAUAACCACUUUGGAGAGGAUUCCAAAUCGGAAACAAUACAAACAAUACCUAGUGGAGAGUAUGCAAUAACAGAAAUUAAUGAGGGAAAAGAAACUUCGGACGCUGAACAAAACAAUGCCUCUAAUGUGACAAAUGUUGUUUCUAAAACUGAAGCAGAAGAGAUUGAACACAAGUCACAAGAAAUAUCGGAUCAAGUUGAAGUCGUUGAAAAUCCUACUGAUGUAAUUGCAGAAACCGGGAAUGAAUUAAUGGGGGUUUCUGAAAAUUUCGGUUCAUUUGGGCUAGGUGAACAAUCAGAAACGUAUAAUGAAUCUAAUUCGCAAGGUGGUUUCGGUUUAUUUGGAGAUAAAUCACUUACAAGCGCACCGACUAGUACACCUGCUUUUGGCAAACAGACGCAAUUUGGCAUGGCAACAUCUAAUAAUAUCGUGUUUGGAACUGGAUUAUCGCUUGGUGGUAAUGCCUCGGGCAUUCCACCAGCUUUUGCAACACAACCUAGCAAUGUAAAUGCGUUUAAUCCAUUACCUGCACAUCCUUCUCCUGCGUUUGGACAGCCAGCGUUUGGACAAACUGCCUUUGGACAAUCAUCACUUGGCAUGCCUAAAGCACAAGCAUUUGGGCAACCAGCAUUUGGACAACAUGGUUUUGGACAACCGCGGACAUUCGGAACUCCUUCUGCACUUACUGCAAAUGUGAAACCCCCAAGUGGUAGUGGAUUUGCUCGGUUUGCGAGUAAUAAUGCAAUUUUGGGUGCGGGCAACAAUAAUCUCGAUGAAACAAAUGCUUCAAUCAGUACUACUAAAUCAUCAUUUAUGGAAUUUCGUGGUUAA